AGCAGGGCCUUUUGAGUCGCUCCAGAACUAGUCUGGGGACUUGGGGUGGGAAAUGGGUUGGGUAGAUGAACUAGGGAAGUCCACUUGUUGCCAGGUAAGUUUAGUGGAGGAUAAACAAGCAAUUCUACCUAAAGAGUCACAAUAAAGAGCCCUUGGUACAAGAUCCUAUGGGAUUUAAGGCGAGGAGCCGAAGUCAGCAUGCAGUAUCGGGAAUGCUUCCAGAGACAGACACCUCUAAUAUUUUUGAAGGCUGCCACGGGGUUUGUGUGUGGACAGGGAAAGGGCAUUCCAGCCAAGGCACAUGCAUAAGCAUGAGAGAGUAGGUGGGUGCAUGGAUGGGUGAAGUUGGGGCUGGUGGGAUCCAGGAGCCAACAAACAAAGCUCCUGCCAAUAAUACCCACACAAGAAUCCUGUGCCCAGAGGCAGUUUGGAAGACUAAGAAGUCCACAGUCGCAUCAUUGCCCUCCUCUCCUGGGUCAUAGGCCUCUUCUUGGCACACCCGGAAAAGAGGUGAAAACAAACAGCUGCCCAGGACACCUAUCUAGGAUGGAGGCCUCUUCCCCACUACCCCAGGGGCCAGGCCAUGGCCCUGAGGGUUUCUUCUGCCUCCCCGCAGAACAGAGCCAUAACCCACUUUAAAUUACAACUCGGUACACACUUGCAGAAGAAGCAUUUCUCAAAACCUAACCUACCCUUGGCUUGUAUAAAGCACUCUAAUUUUUAUUUUAAUUUAAUGCUGGUCUCAACCCACAAAAUUGCUUUUAUAACCCAUGAGUGAAUUGUGCCUGCAGUUUGGAAACACUGCCCUGGAAAGGGAUCUGCCUGCUCUUCUCCAGCCCCACUUCCCAGAAGAAAAACCGAAAUGAGGGCCCCCGCGUCCUGGUGAAGGUCAGUGGCAGGCAGGCCAAGCAGGGCCUCCAGAGCUGCUCGAGGGCCUCCAAGGGAGGUGAGCUGCAGAGGGACCCAGGAGGGUGGAAGGAUGCCGGCUGGAAGUCACAGAGGGCCAGGUUCAAAUCCUGCCUCCGCUUUUGAUUGGCUCCCAGACUUUGGAUCUAUCUGUGAAUUAACCUUUGAGCCUCGGACUCCUCGUGCGUUAGCCUGGUAUAAUAGUCUCUCCCUCGCAGUGUUGCCGCAGUGUUGCCGUAUGGAUUCAGGGUGAUUUAAUGACCUCAACAGAGCUCUGGUACAUUCGCGUAGCUGGCAGGGCAAGGCGAGGGACAGCCCAACGAAGGCAGGUCCUUGAAGUCCUGGUUAACACUGGUUUCCAAAAUUCGAGCCGGCCUGCGGUUUUUCCAGCACGCCUGAAAGCUGGGGACACUCAUGUACCAGGUACUCAUUCCUGCACACCCUGCCCCACGGACGUGAGGGUCCCUAGGUCGCCCCACUUCCUCCCCAUCCCUCCGGCCAGCUCCAGCUCCAGCUCAUCCUCCCAGUCUGGCUCGGCGCGCCGCCUCCACAGCACUUUUCACCAAGGCCCGGGACCGUGCGGUGCACCAGUAGGCCCCGUCCGCCUCCCCAGCCGUGCGUUUCUCAAGGGCAGGGUGAGCCCAGCAGUGUGUGUGCGUGUACGCGUGCGCGCGUGUGCUGGGGGCGGGGUUUGCAAAACCCCCGCGAGCCCGCCCGCCCUCCACCCUCAGGCUGCAGGCCCCCGCGGCUCUAACAGCUGGUGCCCUGCUGCACACACCCCGCCUCGCGGAAGCGGCCUUGGCACGAAGGCCCUGGCGACCCCCAGGCAGGGCAACGGGCCGCUCCCCUCUCACCCCCGCCCGCGCGAGGCCCCGCGGGAGGACGCGGACAGAGGCUGUUGGCCGUGCUGCCUGGCCCCACGCCUCCUGUCUGCGCGGCGGGAACACUCCGCGGGCGGCCGCGUGGCCGGGAAGGCGCGGCUGGCGCGGAGCCUGCGGGUGCAGAACAAGCGGCCGCCCGCUGCCUGCCCUGGCCGUGUUGGAGGCUGUAGCCUUUGACCAGGAGUGGGACCAGGAGGUGAGGCCGGCUCUCAGGCAUCAACCAAAGGAUCCACUGAAUCUCCCUUCUCCCCCUGCCAGCAAAGGUACAAGUAGAUAUUGACACCCCCUCAGACAUGGAAGGAGACCCGUUUUUUUCUUUUUCUAGUUCUGGAUAAAUGGCCUUAAACAAAAUAUGCAAACAGGCUCCUUGCGUCUCCCAAAGGCAGCCCACCACAGAAGCCCUGCCACAGCCCAAGGGGUUAGAUGCUGCCAGGAUCUGUUUCCGCCACAGAGCAGCUCUGUGCAGCACGUUCCUGCCAACCACCCCGAGUGCUUCAGGGCUUCCGAGGCGGUGACAGUGAGGGCAGCGGCACUUCUGGGUCACCGUGGGACAGGUCUCUGCCUCAGGACACGGAUUGACAAGCUCUCUGAGUGGGCCAGGAGCUCCUUAAUGUGAGCCAAGCCCAGCCCUGCCACCUUGGCCCCGUUCACCUCGAGGAUCUCAUCGCCCACCCCCAGCAGCCCUGAGUACAGCUUGGCCGUGCUCACGUCAGCCAUCUCCUGCACGUAGAUCCCUGCAGAGGAAAACAGGAGAAUUUCACAAUGACACCCAAAUCGAAGAAGUGCAUCUCUGGAAUGCUGACCAUGUUAAUGAGGUGCUGUUUGUGUGGCACAGGGAGGAGGUGCUCAUACCAGGCACUUCUCUGUGCGCAUGCACACAUACACACACCCCUCAUUAUUCCACCUCACAACCACAACUGGCUUUAGACAUAGAUACAGUGCGCCUCCUCCAUGGUCUAACUCCAUUCCACUGUCUCUGCUUUUAAAGUGGAAAUGCUCCUAGUGCAAAUAACGUGUUAAACUGUUGUCAUUUAUUUAUACCUGACAGUGAGUGAGCUAAUCUUUUUCUGAGAUGAGCUUUUCUUGUAGAAUUGGGAGGAAAAUAGUUUUUAAAAAUUAGGAACCAUACCUACUCAGUGCCUGGCACUAUGAUCUAGUUGCUGCCUCAGGUCACCCAGGCCCAGCGUAAAGGCCAGGGUCGUGGGAAGGUAUCAUCGGAAGAGCAAAAGUGGCUGAGCCACAUCCUAGCCUGGUUUGCUGCACUCUAUUGCCAAAGACUGACACUGGCCUCAGUCUUACUCAGAUAUGGUUCCUCAAUUGGGAUGGGGAAGCAUCUGAGCAAAAAACCCCAGGAAAAAUAAAAAUUCUAGCCACAUAUUUCAAA